AUGGCACCUGUGUUGCAUGCCCUGUUUGAUUGUGGCUUUGGUUAUGGAGGGGAUGGGGUGUGUAUUCCUUGUGAUGCGGGGACCUUCAGCACAGAUACCGGUGUGGAUCCCUGCAGGAGAUGCACCCAGUGCAACCUGCUGAACCGCCUGGCGUUGACUGCCUGUUCACCCACCAGUGACACUGUGUGUGGGCACUGUCUUCCAGGAUAUUAUGAGCUGAAGAGCCUGACAGGGGAGGUGGAGCUGCUGUGUAUUCCUUGUGACAGUCAUGACAAAGUCCACAAAGAGUGUUUGCGCUUUACUUCUCGAGGCUCAAAAACACAGAGUGCCAUCGUGUUACCAGUCAGAAAGUCAGAAGAAUCAACAGCAAAUGGAAUAAAAGAGGAAAGUCUUUCUGUGGUCUUUAUCGGCGCUGCAAUAGCAUCCUUGUUUUUUCUUAUUUCUCUAUUACUUUGGAUUCUCCUCCUGACUGCGAAAAGAUUCAAGCAGAUUCCUGAGCGCCGUCUAAAGCCUGAAGGUUUACUGACUGCAGCAGACCUUCAGUACGAAUGUGCCUCCGGUCAACCAGAGAGAGCAACACAACAAGACCGUCCUUCAGAGCCCGUUUCACCCGAAGACACACCAAGAGGCCCAAACUCACUGAGCCAUGAGAAUGAGCUGCAUCCCACUUCUAUCGUGAUUAAUGUCACCACCAACAUCAAGCCCUGCAGUCAGAAACAAGAUAAUAUCAUGCAGGAAGGACAAAAAGGCUUCACCACAGAGGAGGUGGAGCAAAAACUGCAGACAAUAUGGGAGAUUGCUCAAGGUCAGAGUAUCGAGAUGCUGGGCUAUGACACCAUCCAGGAUUUGUCCCUGCUGCUCGACUCUCCCAACCACAUCUACGUUCUAAGGAAGCUGGGGUUGUCUUUGGGUGUGCCGCCUCACCUCACUGCUCAUUUCCACAGCUUCCAGGACCUUUUCCAGUACCUCCGCACCUCCACCUACACGCAGCUUCCCCAACUGGCCCAGGCCGCUGCGCUCCUGCCUAAUUUUGAAGUUGUUUCGAGGAUACACAAAGCCCUGGUGAACAAGUGA